AUGUACGGAUUUACAUUCAACAUCGACUGCGGCUAUCUGGAAGGUGUCUGCCGGGGCUUCAAGGGCAGCAUCCUCACGAAAAGCGACUACCUCAAUCUGAUGCAGUGUGAAACGCUCGACGAUUUGAAGAUGCACCUGCACAGCACGGACUACGGGCACUUUUUGGCCGACGAAAUGCCACCCCUGUCGACCGGGGUCAUCGCCCAAAGGCUACGCGAAGCGCUGGUGCUCGAGUUUCGGUACCUGCGCAACCAGGCAGUCGAACCACUGGCCACCUUUUUGGACUACAUCACGUACGCAUACAUGAUCGACAACGUGAUCCUGCUCAUGACGGGCACAUUGCGCCAACGGUCGCUCAACGAGCUGCUCUCCAAGUGUCACCCGCUCGGUAGCUUCGAGCAGAUGGGAGCCCUGCACGUGGCAACCACCAUGCCCGAGCUGUACUACGCGAUCCUGAUCGACAGCCCGGUCGCUCCGUUCUUCGCCGACUGUCUCUCGGUGGAAGAUCUGGACGACGUCAACAUGGAAGUGCUUCGCAAUCGACUCCAAAGGGCGCACCUGGAGGCAUUCUUCCGGUUCUGUCAGCAGCUCGGCGGAACGACGGCAACCGUGAUGGGCGACCUGUUGGCGUUUGAAGCCGAUCGGCGUGCCAUUAUCCUGACGAUCAAUGCGCUCGACACGGUGCUACCGAAGCAGACGUGCGCUGGUUUGUAUCCACGCUGCGGCCGGCUUCAUCCUGACGGGUUGCUGGCACUGGCCAAGGUGAACGACUACGCGCAGGCGAAAGCGGCCGCAUCGAGUUGCUGCGUCGAGUACCGGUCGUUGUUUGAGGGUGACGAGCUAACGGGCGACGGACAGUCGCUGGAGGAUCGCUUUGCCGCGUACGAAGUGAAACUGCACGUGCGCAGCUUCAUGCAGCAGUUCCAUUUCGGAGUGUUCUACUCGUACCUCCGGCUGCGGGAGCAGGAGCAUCGAAACAUUGUCUGGAUUGCCGAGUGUAUCGCGCAGGGACGCCGGAAGAAUAUGGAACAGUACAUCGCGAUCUUUUGA